GCGGGGACCAUGGUGCAGCUCUACAACUUGCACCCGUUCGGCUCGCAGCAGGUGGUGCCCACGCGGCAGGAGCCGGCGGUCUUCUGCUGCGGGCGGGAUGCGCUCUUGGUGGCCUGCGCCCCGGGCGCCUGCAAGGUGGAGGUGUUUGCCGCCGGCCGGUCGGAGCUCUGCGAGCCGCUCGGCUCUUUCAAUACUCUGGGCCGGCUGCUGCGCAUGGCGUACGCCGAAGCGGGAGACUACGUUGCUGCUAUUGAGGAGAAAAACAAGGCCCUCUUCUUACGAGUGUACGUUAACUGGCGAUGCUUGUCAACGGAGAGCACGCGCGUGUGUGUGCGGAUGGUGGGCCAUAACCUGGAAGCAUCCUGUACUGAAGCGUCUAAAGACCAAAUGUCCAUUAUAGAACUACCUCUUUCAGACCCUCCCUUGUGCUUUUCGUGUUGCCCUUUGACGGGAGACCUCUUGGUUGGUUGCAAGAAUAAGCUGAUCUUGUUCUGCUUGAAGCAUGUGGCAGUGAGUCGGGAUGUGACCGUGCUGGACUUCGAACGCACCUUAAUUUUGCACAUAGAGAACUUCACCCCGGCAGAAGUUGCAUUUUGUGCUGGGUAUGUAGCCAUAACGGUUGAGCUAGAAGUCCUAAUCCUCAAGCUGGAAACUGGUGAGGAAGUGGCUGCUAAUAGUAGAUGGCACACUUAUGAAUCUCGAGUUCCUGAAAAGUUUAUCAAUGAAGGUGUAAAAGCGGAAGCUGAUUUAGCUCAGUUUGAGUCAGAUGACUUUGUUAUCUGUCAGCAACCCAUGGAGCUCCUUGGGGAGCAAAGUAGACAGUGUGGGAUAACAGUUACUCUGGAGUCUACAGGCUUAGUCAGUGAAGAUUCGAAUUUCCAAAUGCGAUAUGUCCUCUACAGACGUUUUGCUCUAGAUAUGUCUGCAUUUCUCUUCUGUGGUGAAGAUGCCAAACUGCACUCUCUUCAGCUGCUACCAAUGUAUGAAACAGGGAAUUCUGACAGAGGGAAUUCAACUAAGCAAGAACUACUGAGCCUGUUCUGCUUUUUCUCCUUGCCUCACGUUGGAUACCUCUACACAGUUGGUGGUAACUUGAUAGAAUUGAUUUCUACAUACCAAUAUUCAGAAAGAUCCCAGCAGGCGGUUCUCACCCCUCAAUUCCUACAUGUCAUCACAAGCAACAACCUGCAGUGCUUCACCGUAAGAUGCAGCGCAGCAGCUGCUCGUGAUGAAGAUCCGUACAUCGACACAACACUGAAGGCUUGUCCACCUGUGUCACUGAAUGUCUGUGCCUUGAGAAUGCAGCUUUUCAUAGGGCUGAAGGCGAUCUCUCACUUCAAGAACCAUGUCAUAAUUUUGACAAAAGCAGAUAGCGAAGACAUUACAGAGAGGAAAAAACCUUCCCGGAGACUGCUCUCCCGAAAAGCUGAUGCCAUCAAACCCAAGGUUCCUUCGGAAUCUGAGCCUGGCUGGAAUCUCUAUAUUGUAAACACAGCUUCAACUCUCCAACUUUAUCGGGAAAUGGUAGAAUACAGCAAAACAUACGAAAAUGCAAGAACUGAGAGUUGCAUCCACCUUUUAAGUGAGGCCCACUUAUUACUCAGAUCAGCCUUAAUGGACCCUGUUCUGCAGGAAUCGGAAGAUAAGGAAGACCUCCUAGCAGCAUUCCGGGAAAGCUGUGCUCUCCUAGGCGACUGUUACAGCAGAUUUGACACCAAAGACUUCCACUUGGCACUGCCUUACUACAAGAUGUCUGGUCUAUCCAUGACUGAAAUUCUGAAGCGAGUAGAUCCAACGGUUGAAGAUAAAACACAGAAGUAUGGAAAGGGGUUUAUAUUUUACUUGCAUCAUUCCCUUUAUGAAGACAUAGACGAGGAGCUGAGUGAAGAACUGGCAGCAAAAGUGCUCCAAAUAUUCCGCCUUGCUGAGCCAAACCAGAUGCCCCAUGUCAUCUCCAGCCCUUGCCUGAAAAACGUGUGUCCUAAACUGGCGAUAGAAUAUCUAACAGUAGUAGAAACGGUUGUGCCAUCUGUUGUGGUGACGCUAGCCAAGGCUUUGAUGGCCCUGAAAAUGGGAGAUCGGGAUGGAUGUAAAAAUGAACUGGACAACUAUGCAGAGAUGAUGCUGGUGUGUGGUUUUAUUGUGGAGCCAAGGCUUCUGAGACAGCAAAUUAAAGGGCAAAUUAUCCCGACUGCACUUGCUGUUUACCUGCGGGAGACGAGACCUGGAUUCCUCGUGGCUUCAGUAUUGGCUUUACAUGAGAACAAUAAAAUUGAACUUGAAGAAGCAGACUCCUACAUCAAGAUGCUGAGUGCUGUGGAUGAAGAUGCUGUCCCCCAGCUCUUAGUGGACUUCUGGGAAGCUCUCCUUGUAGCAUGUGCCCAGGAAGACGUCGUUCAGGAGCUGCAUUUUAAACUUGCUACACAGUAUAUUUGGAGGCUGUCAAAGGAACGGUUGCCUGAUACUAAGCCACUAAAAACCACUGAAGAUCUGAUAAAUUCUUGUGGUCAUUAUGGACUAAUUUUUCCUUGGGUUUUAUUCAUGAUGUCAUUAGUCCCUCCUUCUGAUCAGAAGAAUUCUGAAGACCUUUCAAAAUUGCAGUCUCUGUUAUGUGGCCCAUCCUUCGAUAUGCCUUCCAUUUUGCCAUUCUUGGAAACCCUUCCAGAAGAUACAAUUUCUGGACUGAGCAUCCGUCUUCUUUGCAGUACACAGUUAGGACAGUACGAGAGAACCAUCGACAAACUUCUGGAGAGGUGCCCCGAAGCAGUCAUACCCUAUGCUCAGCAUGAGUUGAAGGAUGAAUGUCAGGCUCUGUGGUGGAACAAACUCCUUCCUGAGCUCUGUAGCAGAACCAGACAUGCUGGGUAUAACUAUCCUGUACUUCUGUCCUCUCUGCAAGAAACGUUAGCUGUCAUUGCUGUGGAACUGGAACUGCGGGACUUCCUUAAUGUUUUACCAGAGGAUGGGAAUGUAGCUUUUUUCCUGCCACACCUGCUUCAGUGCAGCAGAAAGAGGCUAGUGACCUAAGUGCUACCAGGAGCAUUGCACGAUCUUCGAUUUGAAGUUUUCAAAUGGACUCCUCACAAUGCAACUAUGAAUUUAGACCUUUGGGUGUUUCGUUCUCCUAGUGGGUCCCCUGUGUAUGGGAAGAGCUGGAUUUAAUGUUGUUUUCAAAAGCUUUGCCUAGUUCAGCUGUGGCCUGAAAUUCAUGUUAAGGAUAACUCUAAAACUUUAUACGGAGCAUUUUCUUAUUCGUUUUCCUGGUGCUAGAGCUUUACAGUUGCUAAAAUGCUGGUGCUGCAAGUGAGCUGGAUGGAAGCCACUGAAGGAAGCUGGACCAACUUCUGCGCUAGGUAAACAUUCCAAGGAUACUUUUGCUGUGGAUGUAAUUCAGAUUUUUCUCUUUCAAAGUGUAUGCCGGGUUGUCCAACAAUCCAAACAUCUGAUAUCUUAUUGGCAUCCAAAGGAAUGAUUCACUGUCCCGACAGCCAUGAAAGCAAUUCCUUGUACAAGUUGGAUUCACUUUUACAGAGCCUAAGCAAGGAGUUUAUACCUGGAGGUGAUCUUCAAGAGAUGAAUUUGUUCAAGUAGUUUCUGUAACUGAAUUUGACUAUAACCAGGUGGUGGAGCUAUUUCAUAUGCUGGGCCUAUCUGGCAUCACAGUCUUUCUGCAUCAGCAAUGACAAAUGCUGUUGUUUAAUCUGACUUUAUUUUCUCCCCUCCCUGUAUUUACAGUUUGUACAAAAUAUGAUGAAUUUUCAAACUUGGUUUCUUUCUAGAGGGGACAUUUAAAAAUAAAAAAAGUUUCUUUUACAGAAGAGCUGUGAAAUGAUUCAGACAAAAAGUAUAAUUAUUCUUUCUGUGACACUGCUAGACUCCUUUUGCUUGGAAGUUCUAUUUUUGUUAUGAUCACUUGGAAUAUAGAUCUAUAUCACUUCAAAAUCAAUGUUGAGUAGCUCAUUUUGUUUUUUCCCAAAGCCAUGCAGUGAUGAGAAUGUAACUCACGAAACACCUUCAUUUGCCUUCAGUCGCUGCUGUAAAUAAUAAAAAGUAAAAGUAGGAUUUCAAA